AUGCAAGGGAGGACUGCCUUCGUGGCCAAGGCGGACAAUGCAAGCUGCACGCAGGUAUACACAAAAGUACAAAGCGCAUGCAACAAUGUAUCCAAUGCAACAACCAUGCCUGCUUGUGGAAUGAUAUAUGAUAUAUCAGACGGCGCGCAGUAGUAGUGCAGCCAAGAAUUGCUAAGCAGGACGAAGCGUCGAUCCACGACGACGACGACGACGACGGAGAAGAAAGGCGGCGGCGUCAUGCGGGUGCACGUCGCGGUGGUGUGCUCUGCAGUGGGCUUGCUCGGCUUCAUCAUCCUCAUCCUCGGAGUCGCCGGGGAGGCCGCCACGGCACAGGCCUACGUCCGGGGUCCUGAUGAUGACAUCGAAGCAGAAAAGUGUCAGUACCGCAUGACGCCGGCGCUGGCCUGCGGCAUCGCCGCGGCGCUGCUGGCGAUCACGGCUCAGGUCGUGGUCACCGCCACCAGCCUCUGCUGCGGGUGCUGCCGGACACGGGAGGUGCCAAAGGAGACAAGGCACAUCGUCGGAAUCAUCCUCUCUGCCGUCUCAUGGAUCACUGUGAUUAUAGUGGUGGCACUGUUUAUCGCCGGCGCUGCGCUUAACGCGGACCAGGAGAAACAACCCGACGCCGACGGUGAUUGCGACCGUGCUCCAGGUAACUCAAUGUUCGCGGCGGCGACAGUCCUGUCUGUCGCCGCCACAGGCAUGCAGAUCGCGUCCUACAUCCUGCUCCUGGUGGCGACAAGCACCACCAAGACCCCGCUGGCAACGGAGCAGCUGGAGUUGGCCAUGGGACAGCCGGUGGUGAAGCCGGAACCGCAGGUCGCAGUCGGUAGCCAGGACCAGGAGCCGGUGGCUUCGGCUCCUGCUCCUGUACCGUCUCAAGCCACAGAACCUGAAUCCCAAGUUUGA